AUGGCCAAGGAGGUGGUUCCCAAUUUUCCAGCCAUCCGUCGUUUUCCCAGCUGCGAUAGGCUUCCUCAUAUACCUCGGAAACCAUUGGACGAGGACGGCCUAGUGCACAUGGAUGUACUUCCGAGAAGCAGCCACCGUGACGGUUCUAUGUACGAGUGCACGCACGCGUGGAAGAAACACUACCGUGUCGCGGACCGCAGAGAGACUUCGUUGGAGGCGAUGUCGUUAACGCACCCCAACCGUUGUGUCUUCCUCAAUGGAAAUUGCAGGCGGCAUCCACCUAAUUGCAUGUUCCAGAUAUUCUCGUUGAAGCUGGCUAAGGCUCCUAUUGAUGGCUGGUUGGUGCAGUUGUACGGAUACAUCGCAGUGCGGGAUAAUUUGGAUCCUUUGCUUAAUUAUGUCGUCAGUGUUAGCAGGGAUGAUCCCAUCAUCUUGGAGCAGGGCUCUUCUAUCAAGAUGGCUGGCCCUAAGCGAGGGAUAGAUUUGUGUGGCAAUAUUCUAAUCGAAUAUGACAUGAAGAUCAAGAUAAAUGGACAAGAAAAACAUGAUCUACAAGUCAUCGAUGGUGCAUCAUUAAUACACUUCAAUGACAUGCAGAAUUGUCAAGUGAUCACGAAUCGAAUCGGUGGAGAUUGUGGUGCAAUUGAUAUAACUGCCUCAGGUCUUGAAGAUGCAGUUGAGGCAACUAUAGAAAUUCUCCUAUCAGAAGUGCGAACUGGUUUCAACUUGUGUCUCUCAUGCUUUCCGAGUGAGUUGAAACAAGAAAUCCAGAUCUUCGAUGGUGCAGUUAGUGAGCCAUGCGGCUUAAAGAGCUCGGUGGUUGCUGUAGUUAUAGGUUCUUUUUUGAGCUUCAAGUUCAAGGUGGACUCGGAGUCAUCUGGUUCCAUUGAACGGCAGUGUUCCUUCAGGGCGAACAAUCAUGGCGUUUCAACUCAAAAUAUAAAGACUGAUAUUGCAAUGAUCUCGGCGAAAGUCACUUGGUCGGCUUUGCCUCAGGGGCACUGA